AUACAACCAAGCGCGCGCGCGCCACCCCACCCCAUCUUUUCUUCGCUCACCUUCCCCGCUCCUGCCCGUCUUCCCUUCCCGAUCUCCAGUCUUCUCCCCUCUAAAUCAGCGCCAGCCCCAGCCGCAACUGCAGUCGGGAUCAGUUCACCGCCCCCUAGAUAAUAUAAACCUCGCUCGCCUCGCCGAGGACGGCGGCGGCCGCGGCGUCACGAGACCCGGCAGCCGCGCGGCGGGAGAUUUCCUUUUUCUAGAGGUCGCGAGAGGAUGGCGCGCGGCAGCUCCUGGCGGCGCGCGGUGGCCGGCGUCGUCAUCGCCGUCUGCGCGGCCGCCCUCGCGCCGCCCGCCGCCGCGCUCGACAUCGGCAUCCAGUCCGCCGGCGACGGCGCGAGCAAGCAGCAGGCGUGCAGCCGCACGUGCGAGUCGGACCACUGCACGACGCCGCCGUUCCUGCGCUACGGCAAGUACUGCGGCAUCCUCUACAGCGGCUGCCCCGGCGAGGCGCCGUGCGACGCGCUCGACGCCUGCUGCAUGCACCACGACAACUGCGUCCAGGCGAGGAAGGACUACCUGAGCACGGGGUGCAACGAGGCGCUGCUGGACUGCCUGGCGAGGCUGCGGGAGGGCGCGUCCACGUUCGAGGGCAACAAGUGCAUGAUCGACCAGGUCAUCGACGUGAUCUCGCUCGUCAUCGAGGCCGCCGUCGUCGCCGGCAGGGUGCUGCACAAGCCGUAGCACGCGGUGGGCGCCGAACCACUGCUUGCUUGGUUGCUUGCUCGGUAGGUGGGUGGUACAUCUUUUGCGUGCUCGGUGUAGGGGUGGUGGUGGUGUCCUGACCGGUUGCUGGCCGGGGGCCCCGGGCUGCGUCGGCUCACAUGGCGGCUUGCGUCGUGCGCUACCUAGUGGCUCCCAGCCCGGCCAAAACUUACAACAAGGUGUAUAUGGAGGUAAAAAAAGAAGAAGAAAACUUGGGUUGGGUGUUUUUGGCUCAAUGAUAGCGCAUCCGUGUCACUGUCACCGUUUGUUUUUUACUGUAUAAGUACAAAGAAAGCUUGCUCGUGCUGGUUUUGGUUUUAUAAUCUGCAAUCUAUUACUCUGCACAAGUGCAUCGAUCA